AUGAAUGAUUAUGAUUUCUUAAUUUAUAAAACAAUUGAACUUAAUCCACACUAUUUAUUGUUCCUCUCCUUUAAAUUUUGGAGGUAAUAGUUAUAAAUAAUAUUAGAAUUGAUUAAUGGGAUAAUAAAUAUUUUAGUGUAUACAUUGAUAAUAAAUUAAUACAUGGAGCAGUAUAUUCACAUACAAGUAGUCCAUCAGAUUUAUGUGGAAGCACUAGUUAUAAUGAUGAAUACUAUUCAAUCAGUGGAAUAAUUGAUCAUACUAGCACAACAGUUUUUAUUGUUAUGUUAGCUUAAAGAGGGAUUUGGGGAAUUUCUGAAUUAGAAAUAUCAAUUGAAUAAUGUCCUAUUGGAUGUUAUUCAUGUAAUAAAGAUCAAUGCUUAGAUGAAUAUUUGUAUUUUUAGUAAUUUGUAAGUAAGACUAUUUCAUCUAUCAGUUCUUCUGAAGGUUGGAUAAAAGAUGGGAUGGUUCAAACUAGUGUAAAUGGUUGUCUUGGUAAUUCUAUUUUUUUAUAUAGAUUGGAAAUAUGGAAAUGUCAAUUCAGGAAAAAAUUUGAUGAAAGUCCUAAAGCUUGAUUAGCAUACUGCUAUAAGUUUUUAAUUAAAAGUUUUAAUCUUUAAUUUAAAUCCAAUAAAUGUUUUUAUCAAAAUUGAUGAUGUAAUAGUAUUUUAGACUGAAUAUUCAAAUGGAUGGAUAAAUAUUAAUGAUGACGAAGAAUUAUGUGUAUUUAUGCAAAUGAAGAAUAUUAAAAUUCAUUAAUACACACACAUUAAGUAAUAAAUUUAAAUAUCUGUUUUAUUGAAUGAAAAUUCUAAAUUUGGAAUAAGAGAUUUUCAAUUAUUUUUAGGUACUAGUUAUUUUCAAAAUAUGUGUACUGAUUAUAAUUUUUUAGCCUUUGAUGGUUGUUUUUCAAAUAUUUAUGAUUGUGUUGAAGGUUGUAGUAAUUGUAUUAAAGGUGAAUGUUGGGAUUGUUAAGAGGGUUGGGAAUAUAAUAGAUAUUUAAGAAUUUGUAUUCCAAUUUGUGGAGAUUCAAUAAUAAUUAAUUAUGAAUAAUGUGAUGAUGGAAACUAAAUGCCUAAUGAUGGAUGUCAUUUAUGUAUAUAUUCUUGUAUAUAACAUUGUUUGUUAUGUUAAUUUGGAAUUUGUCAUUAAUGCAAUCCUACAUAUAGAUUAUCAGCUGAUGAGACAAUUUGCAUAAGAAUUGAUGACUAAGAUGAAUAAAACUUUAUUUAAACUUAACAAUUUUAAAGUGAUUUACGAUUAUGCUCAAUAGAGUGCUAAAUUUGUUAAGAAUGUUCGGAUAUAAAAGAGAAUAGUUGCUAUCAUAUUUGUCAAUAGAAAAUAGAAGAAUCAUUAGAAACAGUGGAAGAAAAUAAAGAAGAGGAAGAAUAAGAAUAAGAAGAAGAGGAAAUGGAUGAGAAUCUUAAUAUUGAGUGCAUGUCUUAUUGUUUACAAUGUGCAGAUUAGUAUUCUUGUUUAUAAUGUGAAGUUAAUUUUUAAUUAGAAAAUAAAUAAUGCUUCCCAAUUUGUGGUGAUGGUAUCAUUAUUUAAGGAUAUGAGGAUUGUGAAGAUGGAAAUAAUGAUCCAUACGAUGGAUGUUAUAAAUGUUAAUUUCAAUGUUCAUUUGGAUGUAUAAGUUGUGAAUAAGGUAAUAUUUGUAGAAAAUGUGAUAAUUUCACUAUUUUAAAUAAUGAUACUGGAAAAUGUGAAAAAGAAGAUAUUUACAAUGCUAAUUAAUUUACUGAGUAGAAUAAUACAAACUCAAGUAGUAUAUUAGGAAUAUAAAAUUCAAUUUUAGAUGAUAAUUUAUGUGGAAAUGGUAUACUUAAUAACAAUUAUGAAUUAUGUGAUGAUGGGAAUAAUGUUGGAGAUGAUGGAUGCUCAAGUAUGUGUCUAAUUGAAGAUAACUGGAACUGUAAAAAUUAAUUCUAUCAAAGCAUAUGCUUUCCCAAAACAUAACUUUUAUUAACAUAUUUAAAUCAUUCAAAUUCUUAUUAAUAUAUCGAAUUAUCUUUUAGUAAUUAAGUAAAAACUAUUUAAUCUAAUGUUAACUUUAUUGAUUGCAUCGAUAUCAAAUUAUCAACCAAAAAAUACAGUUUUUCUAUUAAAGAAGUAGUUGGGAUUAGCUAAUAGAUUUUUUCUAUUCCUAUUUAUUAAAUUUAAAUUAAUUUUUAUGAUUCAAUAGUUAAUCCAAUAUUAUCAAUAUCUAUCAAUUCAAAAUUAAAGGAUAUUAAUAAUUUUGAAGUGAGCAACAAUAAAAAAAAUAUCACACUUUAAUCUGUUAUAAUUUUGAGUAGUAUUUAGAAGAAUGUUGCAGUUAAAAUUUAUAAUUUUGGUUUUUGGAUGAUGAUUGGUUUGGGUUCAGGCAGUGCAUUUCUCAUUUUGUUUGGUGAAAUUUUGCAAUUCUCUGAGAUAUUGGAUAUUUUAUAAUUUUAAUCUUAUCAAAGAUUUAUAAAUGUAAAAUACCCAGAAAACAUGGAAAUUUAUUUUUAGACUUCAGAACUUGUAACAGUUACCCCUGUUUUGAUGAAUUUAAAAUUCAUUGAUUUUUUUGAUAAAAUUAUAGGAUAUUAAUUUAUUGAUAGUGUGGGUAAACUUCAUGAAUAUAAUAUUAAUUCAGAUCUCUUGUUUAACAUAUAUGGACAAAUUACAUAAAUCUUUUUGUUAAUUGGAUUUGAACUAUUUCUUAGAUUUUAUAAAAAAGUUUUUAUUUCAUAAGUUUUUGAUGUGAAAUAAAUUGGCUAAAAAAUAAAGAUAAUAAAAUAAAUAAGAAUUUUAAAUUGGUUUAAAUUAAAAUUCUACAUGAUAGGUAUGAAAAUUUUUAAAUUGAAAUCUAUUUUAACUUACUAAGUUUUUACAUAAAUUUUUUAUGCUAAUAGUUUGGACUUAAGUUUUAAAACUAUUAACCAUUUAUUAUCAAAUAAUGAUUAGAAUAUUAGAUCAACAAUUAGUAUAUUCAUUAGUAUAAUCUAUUUAUUCAUGGCAAUAUUGUUUAUUAUUAAAAGUUUAAGAAGAAUUCAUUCUAAACAUUAACUACAUUACCUUAGAAAUGAACAACAUGAAGGGCUUUUAAUUUUAAAAAAGUUAUUAUUUUCAUUAAUUUUAAUAGGAAUGUAAACUCAACCAGCUAUUUAAUGCCUUCUUUUAACAUUUAUAAAUUUCUGCUAUCUAUCAUUCUUAAUUAACAUGAAAAAAUAUUCAAAAAAUAAAAAUGACUUAAUAAAUAAUAUUUGGGUAGAAGUUCCAGUAAUGAUAGUUACAUUUUUAAAUAUUCCCUACAUUUCUGAAUUCAGAAAAUAUUUAACCCCUAACUAAUAUAUAAACUUAGGAUUUACUUAAAUGGGCAUAUUAAUAUUUGGCUUAUUAGGUCCUUUAGUUAGAUGCUCAAUUUAAUUUUUUAUAAAAUUUAAAGCUAUCAAAACUAUUUUCCCUCAAAACUAGAUCAAAAAACAGCCGUCUAGGUAAAAUUUAAAUAUCUUCUAAAUGGAAUAAUUAUAAUGA